CAAUGUCUAAUGACUUAGGAAUAUAGAAAAAAAAACAUAAAUAUAUUGAUUCUGAAGAGGAAGAGCAAUAGCAAUAAUAACCUGUAUAAUAACUAUAAGAAUAAUCUCCGAUUGCAUAAACAAUUACAGUUGAUCAUAAAAAAUGGAAAUUCUUAUUUGAACCUGAUUCAUCUGAAUAAUAAGAAGGUAUUAAUUUGAAAUGUAUAAUUCAAUGAAGAAAAGAAAGUUAAGAAAAUUUCCAAUCCAUAAAUCACAAAAUAAAAAUAGCCUGAACAAAGAAUUAAGUAAAUUAAAUCAAAUCCUGACACAGAUGAUUUGAGAUAUGAAAUUUUAUGUAGAUGGUGGUAUUGUUUUGAUUAAUGGCCACCUUCUGAUUUUGAUUAUGAAGAAGCCUUGAAUAAAUAUAAAUUAAGGAAAGUUGAUUUGGCUGUUUUUAAAAGGGAAUCCGAAAUCAAUAAUCAAGGUUUCAGAAAAGUUUAUGAAGUUAAUGGAUAUAAAGGUGUAUUUAGAACUUCUGCUGUACAUAUAAAAAUAUAUUUAUAGGGUGAUACUCUGGAUAUAAGACCAAAAGAAGGUUGUCCAUCUUAUGAAUAAAUUACAAAGAUUAGUUCAAAAAACUUGCCUAAAAUAUUAAUAAAAGGUUUGAAAGCUUAAUUAGAAGAUUUAAUUAAGCAUGAGCCUAACAAUAAAUAAUUAAUUAAUAAUUUAGAACACUAAUUAGAACAAAUUUAAAAUUAAUAUCGAAAAUACAUGGAUUGA